AUGGAGUGAACCAUUCCCAGCUCUUCCCCCUCUCUCUCUCAGCCUCUCUCUCUCUUUCUCUCUCUCUCUCUCUCUUCCUCGCUCCCUCUCUUUCUCUCCUCCCUCUGCCUUCCCCGUGCAUAAAGUCUCCGUCGCUCUUGGAACUUGUUGGCAAUGCCUAUUUUUCAGCUUUCCCCCGCGUUCUCUAAACUAACUAUUUAAAGGUCUGCGGUCGCAAAUGGUUUGACUAAACGUAGGAUGGGACUUAAGUUGAACGGCAGAUAUAUUUCACUGAUCCUCGCGGUGCAAAUAGCGUACCUGGUGCAGGCCGUGAGAGCAGCGGGCAAGUGCGAUGCGGUCUUUAAGGGCUUUUCGGACUGUUUGCUCAAGCUGGGCGACAGCAUGGCCAACUACCCGCAGGGCCUGGACGACAAGACGAACAUCAAGACCGUGUGCACAUACUGGGAGGAUUUCCACAGCUGCACGGUCACAGCCCUUACGGAUUGCCAGGAAGGGGCGAAAGAUAUGUGGGAUAAACUGAGAAAAGAAUCCAAAAACCUCAACAUCCAAGGCAGCUUAUUCGAACUCUGCGGCAGCGGCAACGGGGCGGCGGGGUCCCUGCUCCCGGCGCUCCCAGUGCUUCUGGUGUCUCUCUCGGCAGCUUUAGCGACUUGGCUUUCCUUCUGAGCGCGGGGCCGGCUCCCCCCCGCGCGCCCACCCACACUCACUCCAUGCUCCCGGAAAUCGAGAGGAAGAUCCAUUCGUUCUUUUGGGGACGUUGUGAUUCUCUGUGAUGCUGAAAACACUCAUAUAGGAUUGUGGGAAAUUCCGAUUCUCCUUUUGAUUUCGUUCGAUUUCUUGUGUUUUAUUUGCCAAAUGUUACCAAUCAGUGAGCAAGCAAGCACAGCCAAAACCGGACCUCAGCUUUAGUCCGUCUUCACACAAAAAUAAGGAAAACGGCAAACCCACCCCAUUUCUUUUUUAAUUUUUAUUUUUUUUGGCACAAGAAUCUCAGGAACGGCCCUGGGCCACCUACUAUAUUAAUCAUGUUAAUACAUGACAAAUGAUGGGCUCCUCCUAAUAGCAAAGAGAGGAGAGGAGAAGGCCAGGGGAAUGAAAUCAAGAGAGAUGUCCGCGAGGAAGGCAUAUGGUGAAUAACUCACGCUCACGUCUUUCUUCCACAGUAUCUUGUUUUGAUCAUUUCCACUGCACAUUUCUCCUCGAGGAAAGUGAAAGGACAGAUCGUUGACUUUGUGUUUUAAGGAUAGGAGGGAGAGAGGGAAAGGAUUGAGGAAAUCUCGGGGGUAUAGGGAAAGGCUGCCAGCAGAAUCGUUGCUAAAGUCACUGAGAGGUUAAGCUUUACCUGGUGUUGUUGAUGCAUCUUUCAAAGUCCACUGCCUUUAUUUUCCCUCUCGUUUUAGCUGUUACACAUACGGUAAUACCUGAAUAUCCAACGGUAUAGGUCACAGGGGGGGAUGUUAAAUGUUAAUCUAAAAUAUAGUUAAAAAAAAGAUUUUGACAUAAAAGAGCCUUGAUUUUAAAAAAAAAAGAGAGAGAUGUAAUUUAAAAAGUUUAUUAUAAAUUAAAUUCAGCAAAAAAAAAAAAGAUUUGCUACAAAGUAUAGAGAAGUAUAAAAUAAAAGUUAUUGUUUGAAACGGGGGUGUCUGUUUGUUUCCUGCCCCGAGCCUGCUUUCUUGGUCCAG